AAUGAGGUGUCAUGUUUCCCCUUUGAAAAUUACCUCCAGAAAAUCAAGAAGCAUGUCAGGAGUGGAAAAAGUCCUCUGGAACAGGUGACGAGGCGUCUGGCGGAACUGGAACACUCGGGCGUGAACAUGAGCGCUACAAAGCCUAGAAAAUUUGCUUCCAUCAAAACGAAAGACUGUUGUUUUCUUUUGAAAGAUCAGCAAUUUGCCUUCAUUCGACAGCAAAAUGCAGAUGGUUCUUUUGAAUGCGAAAUCCUGCACCAGCGUCACACGUCACCAUUUUUUAGCCAACCAUGCAGCUCUGGAUUGCUUGAUAUAGUGUGCACAGCAAACGGACAGGUCAGAAUGAGAAAUGCACAGUUGCUCGAGCGGGACCUGUACCGGAAGGUGGCCUGCCUACCCCGAGAAGCUGGUGGAUUUGUCCUCAUGCCCCUCCGUCACUCGCUGGAGCAUUAUUAUUGAAGUCAUGUAUGUGAGGGCUGUGUGGAAGGAGGGUGACAGAGAGGAGGAAGGCGUGGUCCCACAGAACUGGGUGGAUGAAGGGGAAAAGGUAGUUCGGUGGCCUUCAAGGUUUAGUGUCACUAAAACAGAGAAGGCGAUAAGGGAUCGGGUGGAGCCAGAGGAGGACUGGCUCGUCUUCCCCUUAUUGAAGAUUAAGAUGACAUCCGCCAAGCGCAGAGAAUGCGCAAUAUACAACCUCACAAGCCUGGCUGAGGAUGAAGAGGAAGACGAUGAGAGACCGGCUAAAAAGAGGCCACGGAAGAAAAAAAAUAUUCCAGACUUCCUUGAAAAUGAUACUUCUGAAUCCGACGAGGAAAGCAACAGAGGUCCAACCCUGUCAAGCUUUCCGGAGCCUCCGGCCAAGGUUUCUCCCCUUCGUCAUUCAAUCUUUACUGAACAUCCAGAAAGGGGUGUUUCCAGGUCCAGGUCUUGCUCCACCAGAGGCCUGUCCAGGUCUCCCAACCCCACUCCGUCCAGCUCGGCCACGUCUCACUCUGCCAGACGCCCGUCCAGCACUCCCUCGACCAGACGCCCGUUCAGGUCUCCCAACCCCACUCCCUCCAGCAGCUCGGCCACGUCUCCCUCCGCCAGACGCCCUUCCACGUCUCAAUCCACGAGACGCCCCUCAUGGUCUCCCUCCCCCAGACGCCCCUCAUGGUCUCCCUCCCCCAGACGCCCCUCAUGGUCUCCCUCCCCCAGACGCCCGUCCGGGUCUCCCUCCCACAGACGCCCGUCCGGGUCUCCCUCCCACAGACGCCCGUCCGGGUCUCCCUCCCACAGACGCCCGUCCGGGUCUCCCUCCCACAGACGCCCGUCCGGGUCUCCCUCCCACAGACGCCCGUCCGGGUCUCCCUCCCACAGACGCCCGUCCGGGUCUCCCUCCCACAGACGCCGGUCCGGGUCUCCCUCCCACAGACGCCGGUCCGGGUCUCCCUCCCACAGACGCCGGUCCGGGUCUCCCUCCCACAGACGCCGGUCCGGGUCUUCCUCCCACAGACGCCGGUCCGGGUCUUCCUCCCACAGACGCCGGUCCGGGUCUUCCUCCCACAGACGCCGGUCCAGGUCUCCCUCUCCCAGGCGCCCGUCCAAGUCUGGCUACGCCAGAUAUGAUGUUAAAACCUGGACCUUCCCCUUGCCUCAGGAGGUAUUUCAAAAAAAAGUUCUAAGCCUGCUGCUUCAGAUUCGCGACCAACAUUCUGCACCAACAUCUGCCCUGGUUGGGAACAUCGUCAGGAUGGAGACGAUGGAGCAAUUUGAAGAGGAGGAAGUGCAGCUAAUGGACCCCAGUAAUUUUGAACGCAUGGUGCAGUGUCUGGCCAGAGUGGGAGGAAGGGACGCAAAGGAAUGUGUCAGAAAAGUCCUUGACAGGCUGUUCACGAACGCUCUUAUGGCCCAAUUUAACAUGAUGGGCAAGGGCCAGAAGGAGAAAAGGGCACUAAAGGGCACAAAGCUCUUCAAGGCAAUACAAGAAGGAGUAAUGAGGUUCGACAAGGCGGCAACGGAGGACCUUAUCAGGCAGACCACCGCUGACCACCUAAAACAUGCGCCGCAGAGACGCAAGCAGUGAGGCACCUCGUCGAUGUGGCAGUUUCCGUUUAUCCUGUUUCCUGUUUUGCAUCCUACAACACACAUCUCCACUCUCCACACACACAACAUGCACCUCAUGCUUACUUUACUGACAUCCACAUCCCAUGUUUUCUUUUUUUUAUUAAUAAACAUAUUUUUUUAUUCCUUA